AUGGAAAGCGAACAAAUUAGAAGCGAUCGAUACGGACGGUAUCGAGUGGCGGCCGGCGACGGGAAUUGCUUGUUUCGUUCUAUCGCCGUGGGAUUGCACGGUAACGACCGGCAACAUUUCCAGGUAAGAUCGAACGCGGUCGCGGCGGCGGAAAACAAUUGGAACGAUCUAGCGGUUUGGACCGAUUUUACAAAUUUUGAUGAUUACAAAAAUGUCAUGUCAAAAAACGGCGAAUGGGGUUCCGCCAUGGAAGUUUUCGCACUUUCUUCGUUUUAUAAUAGGAGGUUUUUGAUAAUCGAAAAUGCAAAAAUUCUCUUAGAUCAGGGAAGAAUGGACGAUACCAAUCCGAUUUUGUUAAGAUACAGUGGACACAAUCAUUACGAUUGUUAUAUCGAAAUGCGGCGCAAUUUCGAUUUGUCUAGGUCAGGUGUGGAGGUCGACACUUUUGUCCGGGAUUCCGUCGUCGAGAACGUCAGGGAAUCGGAGCCGUCUGUCGUUGGCGAAGAAUCGGUUGAAAUUUGCGUCAAUCCUACCAAGAGUCCUUUGGAAGAGACGAUCACGAUGUCAAAACAACACAACGAGAAUAAAGACGACGACGACGAAGACGAUUUGGAUUCCAUCGCGGAAUCGGUGGCGGAAGCUUCGAGGCCGGUCAUCCGCGGUAGAGUGGGUCGCGCUUGGCACCCUCUACCUCCGUUCGAUACGCACAAGCGAGAGUGGCGUAUUCGAAACGAGAGAAUCAACAAUUUUUAUCAAAAUGCCGUAUAUCACGAGGACGUUGAUUUUGAUUUAAUCGAAACUCAUUAUCUAGGAAGGGAAAGGUGGUUUUGUCCAUUUUGCGGGGCUGCUUUUUGGUUUCCCGAAUUGUAUCGAAAAACGGGUCGAAGCGAGUUAUGUUGUUCUUCCGGUCGUAAUGUCUUGGGCGAAGACGCGUUCUUUAAGAAACCGGUCGUUUUGAACCUGCUCAAAUUGUAUGCCAGAGGAAAAUUGAACGUAGACGAGUAUGAAUUAAUGCGGCAUUUUGGAAAAUUUUCCAGGGCCUAUAAUAGCAUUUUCGCUAUGGCCCAUCCCAGGGGCAAUUACGCCGGUCUAGGGAUGUACGGAUCGGGCCGUCCGGCUACAUCGACCGCAAUAAUCAAUCGUCAAGUGAGGUUUAUGGCGGAUUCGCAUCGAACAGGAAAUCGUCGUUUUAACGAGGCGCAUCUUUAUUUCAUGGACGUAUCGGAAAACACGGCCAAUUUGCGAAGGUCUUUUUCCACCGUUUCGGGACAAUUAUCCGAGGACGUUGUCGAUUCAUUCGAAUCGUAUUUAAGACGGGAAAAUCGAUUAUGUAAAAUUUUUAAAUGGGCAGGCCAAUUAUAUAGGGAGGAGGUCGAAAACGCCGCCGUCAAUAACAGGGAAGUUAGGGAAAUUGUUUUAUGCGUUAAUCCGCGGAUCAAGGACGAACGAAACGGUCCACGUAAAGCGGGAUACCACCGUAGGAGGAUAUCCGAAGCCGCGGCUCGCAUCUCGGGACUUCAAUUUCCGAGAAACGAAACGAUCGCGGGUAUUUACAUCGGGGACAGGCCCCCUUGCUACUACGACGUGGAGUUUGUUCCAAGACCGUUGGAGGAGGACGCGGCUUUGCCGUAUAGAGAGAUUUCCGUUAUCACGGCCACACUAGAUCUAAUGUUGUAUCCUUUGGUUCAUUUGCACGCGGAGAGUUCUUGGAACGAAUCCGUUGACAAGGUCAACACGUUGAGACAAUAUUACAGAUUUCGGUUGUUAUCGGAUAUUCCGAGGACAAAGGGCGGUCGUUAUUGGAAUGUCUUGGAUUUGGUAGGUAAAUUGCGUUUACAAUACAUCAUCGACGCCGCCGUCAAAAUCGAGUACAACGACGUUUCUUGGGCGGAAAAAAAUCAAAAGGUAUUACGAUCCGAUACCUACGAUAGUUUGAAAAGGUUCUUGGAAAUGCGGACGGCGGAAAUAAACGAGGGAAAUGAAGGUCUAGCUCGCGUACGUCCCGGUCGCAUCAUCAUCUUACCGGCUACGAUUCCCGGUACCAGGCGGUACUACCACAACGGUUAUCUGGCUUUGUGCGCGAAAUUGAGAAGAGUUCCCACUUACCUUCUCACGUUCACGUCAAACAAAAAUUGGCAAGAGGUAAUCGACGAGAUGAACGGCCGCGACAAAUCCGUGUCCGACAUAGGAAACUUUCCGGAGGUUUUGUGUCGCGUAUUCGAACAAAAAUUGAAUGCCUUGAUGGGAGAUUUGACCGAGCGUCAAAUCUUAGGGAAAAUCGAAGGAUACGUUGUCAGGGUAGAAUUCCAAAAACGCGGCGCUCCGCACGCGCAUAUCCUUCUCUAUUUGUCCAGAGAAGACGUUCCCGUUUCGGGAGAGGAUGUGGAUAGGGUCAUUUGGGCGAGAUGGCCCGAACCUUCGGACGGUAACGGUUUCGAAUCGCUUCGUCACUUGGUCAACACGUUCAUGAUACAUAACAAGUGCGAUAUCGAACCGGAAAACGUCGAACAGGAAAUCGACGACAAUGACGAGGAGGAGGAACAAGAGGGGGAGAUAGGUGUCGAAAAUUCGAGGGUCAGAAGACCGCCUUGCUGGACCGUUGUCGAUCGAUGCCGGUGGAAAUAUCCGAAACAGCAAAUAUCGAGCACCGUUUUUAAGAUCGAGAAGCAAAUUCUUUACAGACGUCCUCCGGGUGUUUGCUUUUUUAACAGGCAACAAAAUCGUUUCGUCGGCAACGAAUUUGGAACUUUGCGUCGGAAACCCGAUCCAGCGAACAUCCAAUGCGUUGAGAUGCAAGUGAAUACGACCACCGGUACGAUCGAUUGGAACGAGGCGGCGGCAUUCCUUAAAAUGAGAUAUAUCGGACAGCACGAGGCGGUCUAUCGCAUCUUGGGAAAUGGCAUGUUCCAUAUCGGUCACACGAUCGAAAAGUUGCCCGUGCAUUUGGAAGGAGAGGCUUGUGAAAUUUACAGGGAAGGGGACGAGGUGGCCGUAGUCGAAAGGGGCGAGCGUUCUAAGCUCGUCGCUUGGUUCGAAUUGAACGCGGCGGAGGAGGCGACAGGUCGGCGACGGUUCUACGUCGACAUCGUCGAAACGCACUCUUGGCGGCAAGGUCGUUGGGUCGCCAAGUCGCGACCCACCAGUUCUAUAGGUCGUAUGAGUCCGGUUUAUCCGAGUCCGGGGAAUAUGGAGCGCUACUAUCUACGAAUGAUUUUGGGCAACGUGACAGGUUUGAUUUCGUUCGUGGACGCGAAAACCGUAAACGGCGUUUUAUGUCCUUCGUAUCAGGCCGCUUGCGUAGCGUUAAAAUUGAUCCCGGACGACGACGAAGAGGCGGACAAGAUUUUAGAUUGGAUAGCGGAUCGUCUUCGUCAUCCGUUUUAUUUAAGGGAAGCGUUCGCUCUAAUUCUCUUGUACAAUCCGUCGAAGAAUCCCCGAACUUUAUUUAAGAGAUGGUGCAGGCGUAUGUCCGCGGACGUGCUUAGGAUUCAUAUCGAUUUAAUCAGAGAUAUCGACGAAGAGGGCGCGGGCGACUUAAACGAAAGGAUGCACGUGCUCCGUACGUGUCGGUAUACGGUCCUUUGGAGUUUCGUAGAUCGAUUUCUGGUCGAAUGCUCCACUUCGAUGGAAAAAAUUAAUCUUCCUCGGGAUUGGAUUUCCGAUUGGGUUUACGACGAGGAGGCGGAACAACUUUUGGACGAGGAAGAGGUUACGUUCGAGGAAUUCGCUUUCGUUCCGAGACCGAAUCAAAAUUUGCAUCUGAUCGAUCUCAACGAUCAACAGCUGGGAUUCGUUUACGAGGUUUUACAGUCUGUAUGCAAUCGUAACGGUAUCGUUUUCGUUUUGACCGGCGAAGGGGGCACCGGCAAAACCGCGACCGUCAACGUUAUUUCGGAAGUGGCGGAACUUCGCGCGUUACCGUACGUAUCCGCGGCUUUUACGGGGAUCGCGGCCACGUUAAUCCGGAACGCGGCUACGAUUCAUUCUUCUUUCGGCAUUCCUAGAGAAAGAGGCGUAGACGAUACGCCGGUUUCUAAUUUGGUGGGCGAGUCGGAGGCGGCCGACGAUAUUCGAAACGCGAGACUCGUCGUGUUAGACGAGGUGUUUAUGUUGGCGUCGUGGAUGUUGGAAAUGAUCGAUGCCGUGUGUCGGGAAUACGGUCAAUCGCGACGGCCGUUCAGUGGGAAAACCGUUAUUCUUAGCGGCGAUCCCAAGCAGUUGCUUCCCGUUGUCAAGGGUAGGCGAGCGGGAAUGGCGUCCAUCGUUUCGCAUCCGGCAUGGAGUACUUUUCAACUGUGCACGUUAACGGAAAACAUGCGUGUUCAUCCGCAAGAGGUGGAAUGGUCGAAUUUCAUCAGGAGAGUAGGCGACGGGGAAAGAAUCGUUUCGGACAACGGACGCGAACCGAUUUCCGAUAACUGUCUGUUCGUUCCUUCCAAAUUAAUUGUCAAAUCGCGCGAACAACUCGUCGACUUUGUUUACGGGGACGUCUUCGAAUCGAUGCUCGCUCUUCCCGUGACGAACGAGCGAUUCUUGGAAUUAGCCGAGCGAUUGGCCCUCCGGUCGAUCCUUUAUCCCGUGAACAGCGAGGUCGAGGAGUUGAACGAAAUCAUCUCAAAGAUCUUCCCCGAUCCGUCAGGAUCGGAGAGGGUCUUUUUGGCGACCAAUUCCUACGAUAGACAGAGUAACGAGGAUGGGGCCGACGAUCACGAAAUCGCCAAUCCCCUCGCGACGGGAGUCACCAGUGAAAUUAUCGAAAGUUUAGAUUUGUCGGGACUACCGCCACAUCGGUUGACUUUGAAGAUCGGUUCGGUGGUAGUCCUUUUGCUAAAUCUUAACGUGCGGAGGGGUUUUUGUAACGGACAGAGAAUGAUCGUUUUGGAGAUGGGCGAUGACGUGAUAGUCGGCCGCAUCGUUUCCGGUGAAUUUCAGGGCCGUAAAUGUGUCACUAUCAGAAAACAAUUCGUUUUAGAGGAAAAAGAAACGCCAUUGCUACCGGGCGGCGGCACAUAUUAUAGAAAACAAUAUCCGAUUAAGUUGGCGCACGCAAUUACUAUCAACAAAGCGCAAGGACAGACUCUUUCGCGAGUCGGUUUGUGUCUCAACGUCCCGUGUUUUGCUCACGGUCAAUUGUACGUCGCUUUGUCCAGAGUGCGUACUUGGCAGGAUAUUCGCAUUUUUGUAAAGGAAAGUCGUAGACAGGGUCGUUUCUUUAAAGACGGUCGCAAAAAUAAUCCAGUUUUCACGCAGAAUAUCGUUUAUAGGGCGUUUUUAGAUAAAAUCUUCAAUUGA